GGGCCCUUUUCUGGCCGGGCCGGGCGGCGGGGCCGCACUCCGGCGGCGGCCGCGGCAGCCCCGGUGGAGUGACGCGGCGUGUCCGGCACGGGGUGGCGGUGGCUCCUGGCCCCGGGGUUAUGCGCUGGGGUGAUGGUCCCGCCGGCCGGCGCUAGGCUCCUCCCGUGCUCGGGAGGGAGCCCCUUCCUCAGCCUCCUCCUGCUGCUGCUGCUCUGCCCCGGCGGCGAGUGCCUGCCACGCCGCCGGCCCGCGGGGCCGCCCGUGGUGCUGGUUCCGGGGGACUUAGGUAAUCAGUUGGAAGCAAAGUUAGAUAAGCCAUCAGUAGUGCACUAUCUCUGCUCUAAGAAGACGGACAGUUAUUUUACACUCUGGUUGAAUUUAGAAUUGCUUCUGCCUGUCAUCAUUGACUGCUGGAUUGAUAAUAUCAGGCUGGUAUAUAAUCGAACAAGUAAGAUUACAGAAUCACCAGAUGGAGUAGAUAUCAGAGUCCCAGGUUUUGGGCAGACAUUUUCCUUGGAAUUCCUUGACCCAAGUAAAAGGAGUGUUGGCAGUUACUUUUACAUGCUGGUGCAGAGUCUGGUAGAUUGGGGCUACACACGUGAUGAAGAUGUAAGAGGAGCACCUUAUGACUGGCGAAAGGCACCAAAUGAGAAUCGAGACUAUUUUGUGGCCCUUCGCAAGAUGAUAGAGUUAAUGUAUGAGCAGUAUGGAAGUCCUGUUGUCUUAAUUGCCCACAGCAUGGGUAAUAUGUACACCCUCUAUUUCCUCAACCAUCAGACUCAGGAUUGGAAAGACAAGUACAUAAAGGAUUAUGUGUCAUUAGGCGCUCCAUGGGGAGGAGUGGCUAAAACUCUCCGUGUGCUUGCCUCAGGUGACAACAAUAGAAUACCUGUUAUCAGCUCACUCAAGAUUAGAGACCAGCAGAGAUCAGCGGUUUCCACAAAUUGGAUGCUCCCCUACAACUACACAUGGCCUCCAGAUAAGGUCUUUGUAAGCACACCUACGGCUAACUACACGCUUCGGGAUUACCGAAGAUUCUACAGGGACAUCAAUUUUGAAGAUGGCUGGCUCAUGAGACAGGACACCGAACACCUGGUCUACCAGAUGACACCACCUGGUGUGCGCAUACACUGUCUUUAUGGUACUGGCGUGGAAACACCAGAUUCCUUCCAUUAUGAAAGUUUUCCUGACAAAGAACCCAAGAUUCUUUACAGCGAUGGGGACGGUACAGUAAACUUACAGAGUGCCUUGCAAUGUCAAAAGUGGGUGGACAGGCAAAAACAGGAAGUGGUGAUAUUUGAGCUUUCAGGAAAUGAGCAUAUUCAAAUGCUAUCCAAUGAUACUACUAUCUCCUAUGUGAAAAAGCUGCUUUUUGAUUUGUGAUACCUUGUGUAGACAGUUAUUUUCCUCACCUGUGAUGCCUUCCCUUAAAUAUGGGGAAAAUACCUUUUAAUCCCUUGAUAUUUAGAUAUUUGAAUUAUUUAUUUUGUUGGGUUUUUUUAAGGCUGUGUUCAAAAAGCUGUUUGGUGUCCUAAAUGAUCGUUUGUCUCUGAUUUGUGUUUUAUCAUGCUUCAUGGUAUUUCCACAUUCUGCAAAUUUGGUCAAAUAUGCAUUUUGGUGCCUCUGGUGGUAUGUCCAAUAUUCAUAUGACUUUCAUUUGGAGAUUGUGCGGUUCUUUGCACAUACUACAUAGAAUCAGAGCUACCUGAGUUCCUUUGUGUGGUUUUUGCAGGGUUUGGAAUGGGAGGGCUAGGAAGGCUUGCAAUUUCAGGUUGCCCUAAACCAAGGGAAUUAUAUUAACAAUUUAGGAAGCACAGUAAACUUUUUAAAGGGUCUUGCAUAUUCCGAUCCACAGUUCCCAGUACCUUAGUUUGUAAAUGUGCAUAUCUACUAGGUAAGAUAGGGAAGAGGUCUGCCUGGUACUGUACUACUUUUGUCAUAAUCCAGCCUUUCUUUUGUUGCGGCUUUUGGGGAAAAGACAGAUGUGUGAAUUACUUGAAGCUUCCCUAUUAGGUACCUUUUUUUUUUUUUUUUAAAAAAAAGGAAGAAAUUGUUUGCUCAUCAGCUUCUAGAACCUGAUUACUUAGUCUGGAAUCUGAGGAAUUCUCACAUUGUGCUUUAUUUAUCAAUGAGGGAAAGAAGCCGAACAGUGGUUGGUGCUUGCAAUAACUAUAGCUGUGUGGAGUAGCACAUAAAUUAAAGCUAAUUGAAUACCAGCAAAUGAUCCAUACAGUGCUGAAUUGCAUUUCUGGGUGAAAAAUGAUCUCCUGUAGUGGAAAUGAUAAUGGAUGGUGGGCAUUAAUUCAAAAAGAAAAGUGAACUUCCUGAAAUGGAGUGGGGAAUGGAAGCCAGCAUAAUACAGUAUGAAGUAUAAAUGUUGUUCUCUGUCAAAUACUUAGGCUGUGAUCCAGUUACUGACCCAGUAGUGAUUGGAUCAACAUUGCAUUAGCUGAAAAGAAACUUUACAUUUUCAGACUAAAAUUCACUUCCCAUAGAUUACAAGUUUCAUUAUUGCUGUUUCAAGAAUUUGGGAUACACUGUUCCUUAAAUGUUUAUAUAAAUUGCUGCACAUGCAACUCUGUUAAUUUUAUACAGUAUUUACAUACAGUUUUAUUGAAUGUUUAAAAAAAAAAAAUUCUACUCUGAACUCCACAGAAAUGAUAGCCUGAAGGCCAUCAGAUUUACAACCUCGAUUAUGGAAGUCCUGCUGGAAAAAUAGUUUCACUUAAAGAUUUUUCUUUUGCUUGCUUUAAAACCAAGUCACUCAGUUAGACUGCACUUAGUUUUCUGAAAACACAAUUUUGAAUGCUUUCAAAAUGCUAGGUCUGCCAAGAAAAACAUUUUAAGAGUUUCAGAACUAUUGUGGAUUCAUUACUUAAGAAACGGAACUUGUCUAAAGGGUAAAGUUUUUAACAAUCUUGGUAGGAUGCAUAAAAUGUUUGCUGCCAUUAAACAUAUCGAUAAGAGGUGUUGAAAUGACAGGUUUGAAUUCUCAUUACUGUAGAAUGCAAACAUUUUGGCACAGGAGGUAGGUUUAAGGCUUUAAGUUUUAAUUCAGAAAUGACUUGUAAAUCGAGAACAACCUGAACUAGGGUAAUGGAUAAGCUAAAUAUCUUCCUAGGUUUUAACUUCCUUAUGUAGCUUCAUUUUCCUCCUGUGUUAUUUCUACUACUUUUGUUGAGGAAGAGGACACAGUUUCCUGGUUUUUAAAAUGGAACGUUUAUCUUGUCAUCAGUUGCCUGGGAGCCUACAGUUCAGCAGCGAUAUUGCCUAGACUUUUCCAGACUUAAGUACUGAGUUGCCCCAAGCCAUUUAAAAUUGGUAACUCUUGAAAUAAGAAAAAACAAACAACAACAAACCCACCGAAAACCCAACAACAACAAACCCCACAAAAAAAGUCCUUUAGUCAAGUGUUCUAUUUUAUGCAUGGAUAAGCUGGAUAAGCUUCAGGCUUGUGUUCCAAGACUGCUCAAAGAUGAUAAAGCUCUUCCUGUGGUCUGACUUGAUUUUUGAAUGAAUUGCUAUGUUGCUGGUUUACAACAGAAAGAAAUUACAGAAAACAGCUUAUCGCAAUCUGUAUUUCUUGCUGAAGUAGAAUGCCUGUUAAUAAGCACUAGAAUGCAUGGAGCUGUAUUACACGCUACCAACAUGGGCAUCAAGGGCUGAAAAAAUGAGAAAAGAACAGAGGUAUACAGGUCUUAACCUGUUUCUAAGCUUCACUUAGAUCCUUACCCAUUAAUCAGUAGCAUUUUCAGUCUCAUACCAAGAGUUUAGCUUCAGGUUUUUUUGUGAUUUGAAGUUCCAAAAUACAUGAUUUCAAAAGAUACUCUUUAAUUUUUUUCCUUUGCUACUUUUUUAAUACUACUUUUCGUGCUCCAAAAGAAAAAAAAAAUCUCUUUUUUUCUGAUUUUGGCAACCUAGUGCUGUUUGUAAAUCAGCUAGCAGACAAGCCCUAGAAUGUGUCUACUUAAAGGAACUUGUGUUAAUUAACCUGAUACAAUGAAGCCGAAAGUUUUUCAGGGCCCUUUUUUUGUUUUAUAUUGUUUGUCACCGUAAAGCCUUGUGCAAGAAUGUGAGUCCCUGAGCUCUAAGUACUGUGUUAGAGCAAGCACAGUGCUGCUGGUGAGGUUUUGAUUGAGUGUGAUGGUUCUGCAGACUAUAGUUCUGUUUUAUGUCCAGAACUUGGCGAUAUUUCUACCAAAUCAUCUUCAGCCCUGUCAUUUUCAGUUUCUUGCGUAUUAGGAUGGAGUUCUCAUAGACAAGUGAAUGCAGCAAGUAAACUAUGGUAUUCUAGUCAUUGAAACUGAACCACUUCACUUAGCCUGUUGAAAAGUGCUUACUCACUACGGCAUGUUCCUCUACAAGGCAAGAGUAUUUAGCAUUACUGUUACAGGCCUGCCAGAGCCAUGUGCACUUGAGCAUUCUAGAUUCUUGUGGGGAGAGGGGUGUGAAGAAACAAAUCUUUAAGGAGAGGAGAAUGUGGCACUUCUUUAAGAGGAGUAACUCAGGUGCUUUGCCACACUGCACAGUUGAAAUGUUUGAAUUUAGUGACAUAUCUUCAUUAUACCUAACUUAUAUUGGUCAUGUCUCUCUCCAUAAUUUUUACUUGUUUUUAUUCUUCCAGGAUAUUUUCAGAAACCAAAAAUAGUCUUGAGGACCAAAUGUGUUUCUUAUUUUUGACAAAAUGUAUAGAAAAUGCUGAAGAAGAAGCUUUCAGCUGUCAUUGUAAUACUUCUGAAGAGGUCCAGAGUCACUGUGUGAUUCUGUUGAAAAACAGAAGGCUUCAAUAACUAGCAAUAAUUGCAAAGGACUUGCAGACCAAAGGAAGGAAUGUUUGGUAUUAAGGUAGUUCUUGGAGCACAGUGUGUUCAAGGCCCUCUUAAAUUCAGGGAAUGUUUGGCAAUGACUUUGCUGCUCUACACUUAACAGUAUUUUGUAUGGAACAUAUUCUGAGACCUAGCAUUUUAUAUGCUCUUUUUGUGUAUGAAUGUGUUCAAUAGAUUUUUGAAUAUUUUAUUGUCAAACUUUGAUAACAUAAUAAAGUUGAUCUAAUACA